UCCUUACCAAACCUCGGCGAGCAUUUUAUCGAACACCAAAGACUAAACAAUCAAAAAAAUCAGCGGCUGGAGUCUUCACCACGCCUGCAACUACAUAUAUAAACCAGAGUAGCCAUGGCAAAUAUACAUAGUGAAAUUCAGUCCCAAUAUCAUGGAGUCCCCAGAUGUCAAACACAUCUCAGAAUCCUUUAUCCAACCUCAAAAUGCUUCGGAAGAAUCAAAGAAGCCCUUUUACUUGGCAGCCUCUGACCUCGCCAUGCUCUCCGUCCACUAUAUCCAGAAAGGUCUCCUCUUCCGUAAACCUCCAGAAGCCAACAACCCCAAUUUUCUCGAUACCCUUUUGGCAAAACUGAAGCACUCUCUUUCCCUCGCACUCGUUCACUUCUACCCGCUCGCGGGUCGCCUUGUGACCAAGAAAGAACAAGACCCUCAUCUGUACUUGGUCUAUGUGGAUUGCAGCAAUAGCCCCGGAGCCAAAUUCAUCCAUGCUUCUCUUGACAUGUCCGUCUCGGACAUUCUUUCUCCAACUGAUGUGCCCUUGGUGGUUCAGUCUCUGUUUGAUCACGACAGGGCGGUCAACCACGACGGUCACACCACGUCGCUGCUGACGGUCCAAGUCACGGAAUUGGUCGACGGCGUCUUCAUCGGGCUUUCCAUCAACCAUUGCCUCUGUGACGGAACAUCUUACUGGCAUUUCUUCAACACUUGGUCUGAAAUAUUCCGAGCCCAAGAGAACAACAUCCCUCUUUCAAAGAUCUCACGCCCACCGGUUAUGGAGCGGUGGUUUCCAGACGGUCAUGGUCCGAUUAUUAGCCUCCCUUACACAAUUUCAGAUGAGUUCGUUGACAGAUUUGAAUCUCCGGAACUCAGGGAGAGAAUGUUUCACUUCUCAUUAGAAUCCAUAGCCAAACUCAAAUCAAAAGCCAAUUCAGAGUGUGAGACCAGCAAAAUCUCCUCCUUCCAGGCCUUGUCUGCUCUUCUCUGGCGAUCAAUUACUCGAGCGCGUGGAUUUCCACCAAAUCAAGAAACCAGCUGCAGAUUGGCUGCGAAUAACAGAGCAAGAAUCGUCCCACCAUUGUCUCCUAAUUACUUUGGGAAUUCAAUUCACCCUGUGAAAUCACAACCUGUGAAAGCAGGGGAGUUGCUUGAACACGGGCUUGGAUGGGCCGCGUGGAAGCUGCACGAGACUGUGGUGAACCACAACGACAAAUGGAUUCGUGGAUCGAUUGAGGCAUGGUUAAAGUCUCCGGUUGUAUACCAAUUGGGUCGGACUUUUGACCCGUACAGUAUAAUGAUGGGGAGUGGUCCGAGAUUCGACAUGUAUGGAAAUGAAUUUGGGAUGGGAAAAGCUGUGGCGCUCCGAAGUGGGUAUGCCAACAAGUUUACUGGCAAAGUGACGUCGUAUCCGGGACGUGAAGCAGGAAGCAUCGAUUUGGAGGUGUGUCUUCCUCCGGCUGCAAUGACGGCUCUUGAAUCUGAUGAAGAGUUCAUGGAAGCUGCCUCUGUCCCAAGUUAUGAUUAGUCAAACUGGUUUAGCAAGCUCCGAAAGAAUGAUGUUGCCAUUUUUCUUUCCUUCUUUUACUUUAAAUUCCAUGGUAUCCCAGCGCCAGGACACCUGCACUGACAUUGCGGCGAAAGCCAAGCAAAGCCAGACUAAUCCACUGCACCGCAGACGCACGAACCCAAAGGGUCCCUCAAAUCUGCUGGCCACGGGAUGGAGCUGAGAUUCGAACGCUAGACCUGGGGGUUCCAGACUAGGCCAUUCGACCAACACACCACACCACGUGGUUUUCGUUCCUUUUCAAUUAUGGUCAUUGUUUAAUAUAUAGUGUUUUACUGUUGAUCGUAUGGUAGGUUUA